AUGGCAAAAACGUGCCUGAGAAAGUUUACGACGCUGGAAUUAAUACUCAGUGUUCUUCUGCUUAUCGUGUUUAUCAUUGCUGUUGUUCUCAUUGUGCUGUUAGCCAACAAAACAGAAUUAAAAGACACAGGUUCUGAGACAACUGGUACCCCGGGUCCUGUGUCCACAAGUACUACCCCUAGUCCUGCUGAGUGCCCCGUGGUAAAUGACCCGGAACGGAUAAACUGCAUUCCUGACCAGUCACCAACAAAGGCCACAUGUGAGCAGCGUGGCUGUUGUUGGAAGCCCCAUGAAACCACAGACGUCCCUUGGUGCUACUAUUCCAAGAACCAUGGCUACAGAGUAGAGGGCGAUCUUGCAAAUACAAAUGCAGGAUUCACAGCCCAGUUGAAACGUCUGCCCUCUGCAUCUGCAUUUGGAAAUGAUGUUGACAACGUCCUCCUUACGGCAGAACACCAGACAUCUAACCGUUUCCACUUUAAGUUGACGGACCAAUCCAAGGACAGGUAUGAAGUGCCCCACGAACACGUGCAACCCUUCCGUGGAAAUGCCGCUUCCUCCUUGAACUACAAGGUUGAGGUCUCCAAACAGCCAUUUAGCAUCAAAGUGACCAGAAGAAGCAAUAACCAUGUCCUGUUUGACUCAAGCAUCGGGCCUCUCGUGUUUGCAGACCAGUUUCUUCAGCUCUCUAUUCGCCUGCCCAGUGCUAAUGUGUAUGGUUUGGGAGAACACGUGCACCGGCAGUAUCGGCACGACAUGAACUGGAAGACAUGGCCCAUAUUUGCUAGGGACACAACCCCCAAUGGGGAUGGAACUAACUUGUAUGGUGCUCAGACAUUCUUCCUGUGUCUUGAAGAUGCUAGUGGAUCAUCCUUUGGGGUGUUUCUGAUGAACAGCAAUGCCAUGGAGGUCAGCCUCCAGCCUGCCCCAGCUAUCACUUACCGCACCAUUGGAGGUGUUCUGGAUUUCUAUGUAUUCUUGGGAAACACACCUGAACAAGUGGUUCAAGAAUAUCUGGAGCUCAUUGGACGGCCAUCCCUGCCUUCAUACUGGACCCUGGGAUUUCACCUUAGUCGCUAUGAUUAUGGUACCCUAGCUAAAAUGAAAGAAGCUGCAGACAGAAACCGUGCAGCACAACUCCCUUAUGAUGUUCAGCAUGGUGAUAUUGAUUACAUGGAUGAGAGGAAGGACUUUACUUACAAUCCAGUGGGUUAUAAAGGCCUUCCUGAAUUUGUUAAGGAGUUACAUGGAAAUGGACAGAAAUUUGUCAUCAUUGUGGAUCCAGCCAUCUCCAACAACUCUUCCCUAAGUCGUCCAUAUGGCCCAUAUGACAGGGGUUCAGAACUGAAGAUAUGGGUGAAUGAUUCAGUCGGAGCAAAACCACUCAUUGGGGAGGUCUGGCCUGGGCAAACAGUCUUCCCUGAUUAUACCAAUCCCAACUGUGUGGCUUGGUGGGCUAAGGAAUUUGAGCUUUUUUACAACCAAGUGGAGUUUGAUGGAAUUUGGAUCGAUAUGAACGAAGUUGCCAACUUUGUUGAUGGCUCCAUUUCAGGAUGUGCCACAAACAACAUCAACUAUCCCCCAUUCACUCCCAAGAUCCUUGAUGGAUACCUGUUCUCCAAGACGCUCUGCAUGGAUGCAGUUCAGCAGUGGGGCAAGCAGUAUGAUGUGCACAAUCUGUAUGGCUACUCCAUGGCGAUUGCCACUGAAGAAGCUGUUAAGGCUGUGUUCCCUGGGAAGAGAAGCUUCAUCUUGACGCGUUCUACCUUCGCGGGCUCAGGCAAGUUCGCAGCCCAUUGGCUAGGAGACAACACGGCCACCUGGAAUGACCUUCAGUGGUCCAUCCCUGGCAUGCUUGAGUUCAACCUUUUUGGUAUCCCCAUGGUGGGAGCAGACAUCUGUGGCUUUGCUCUGAACACCUCAGAGGAGCUCUGCAGGCGGUGGAUGCAGCUGGGAGCCUUUUACCCAUUUUCCAGGAAUCACAAUGGCCAAGGCUACAAGGACCAGGAUCCCGCUUCCUUUGGAGCUGACUCCUUGCUGCUGAAUUCCUCCAGACACUACCUUAACAUCCGUUAUACUCUGCUGCCUUACCUCUACACCCUCCUCUACCACGCGCACAGCCGGGGGAGCACUGUGGCGAGGCCCCUUGUGCAUGAGUUCUACGGGGACAGCAACACAUGGGAUGUACAUCGACAGUUCCUGUGGGGGCCGGGCCUUCUCAUCACACCCGUUCUGGAGGAGGGUGCAAAGAAAGUGACGGCGUAUGUGCCUGAUGCCGUCUGGUAUGACUAUGAGACUGGGGCCAAGUUAAGAUGGAGGAAGCAAGAAGUGGAGAUGGAACUUCCUGGAGACAAAAUCGGACUUCACCUUCGAGGAGGCUAUAUCUUCCCCACACAGCAGCCCAGUACAACCACCAUGGCCAGCCGCCAGAACCCUCUGGGUCUUAUUAUUGCCCUGGAUGAGAACAAUGAAGCCAGAGGAGAGCUCUUCUGGGAUGAUGGGCAGUCGAAAGAUACUGUGGCCAAUGAUGUUUAUGUUUUAUGUGAGUUUUUGGCCAGUCAGACACACCUGGAUGUGAACACUGCAAAAUCAACCUACAAGGAUCCCAAUAAUUUAGCAUUUCAGGAGAUUAAAAUUUUGGGGACACAAGCACUUAAAAGUGUUACAGUGAAGCAGAAUGGAGUCCUAACUCCAAUGUCUCCUAACGUCACUUACGAUCCAAACCUGAGGGUGGCUGUGAUCACAGGAAUCCAUCUGGUCCUGGGAGAAGCAUACACGGUGCAGUGGGACAUUGACAUAAGUGACCAGGAGAAAAUAGACUGUUAUCCCGAUGAGCAUGGAGCUUCUGAGGCCAACUGUACAGCCCGAGGCUGCGUGUGGGAGGCAUCCAUUACCCCUGGGGUCCCAUACUGCUACUUUGUGAAUGAUCUGUAUUCAGUCAGCAAUGUGCAGUAUACCUCACAGGGGGUCACAGCUGACAUCUCCUUGAAGUCUUCUCGUAAUAUCAAUGCCUUCCCCUCCACACCUGUGACCCCUCUGCGCCUGCUCGUGAACUUCCACAAGAAUGAAAUGCUGCAGUUCAAGAUUUAUGAUCCCAACCACACGCGGUAUGAAGUCCCAAUCCCUCUGAACAUCCCCAGCGCUCCCAGCAGCUCUCCUGAGGCCCGACUCUAUGAUGUUCGCAUAAAGGAGAACCCAUUUGGGAUAGAAAUUCGCCGGAAGAGCACCGGCACUGUCAUCUGGGACUCUCAGGUCCUGGGCUUCACCUUCAAUGACAUGUUCAUCCGCAUCUCCACCCGCCUUCCCUCCGACUACAUCUAUGGCUUCGGGGAAACCGAGCACACGGCCUUCCGGAGAGACUUGAACUGGCACACGUGGGGCAUGUUUUCCAGAGACGAACCCCCGGGGUUCAAGAAGAAUUCCUAUGGCGUGCACCCCUACUACAUGGGCCUAGAGGAGGAUGGCAGUGCCCACGGAGUCCUCCUGCUCAACAGCAAUGCCAUGGAUGUGACCUUCCUGCCGAUGCCGGCCCUGACGUACCGCACCACAGGGGGAGUUCUGGACUUUUAUGUGUUCUUGGGGCCCACUCCAGAGCUUGUCACUCAGCAGUACACCGAGGUGAUUGGCCGGCCCGUGAUGGUGCCUUACUGGUCCCUGGGGUUCCAGCUGUGUCGCUAUGGCUAUGAGAACGAUGCUGAGAUCUCCAGCUUGUAUGAUGAGAUGGUGGCUGCCCAGAUCCCCUACGAUGUGCAGUACUCGGACAUCGACUACAUGGAGCGGCAGCUGGACUUCACCCUCAGCUCCAAGUUCACUGGGCUUCCCGCCCUGAUCGAUCGCAUGAAGGCGGAUGGCAUGCGGGUCAUCCUCAUUCUGGACCCAGCCAUUUCUGGCAAUGAGACAGAGCCGUAUCCGGCCUUCACUCGUGGUGUGGAGGAUGAUGUCUUCAUCAAGUUUCCCAAUGAUGGAGGAAUUGUUUGGGGCAAGGUGUGGCCUGAUUUUCCUGACAUUGUGGUUAACAGCUCUCUGGACUGGGACAGCCAAGUGGAGCAAUACAGAGCCUAUGUGGCCUUCCCAGACUUUUUCCGGAACUCCACUGCCCUAUGGUGGAAGAGGGAAAUGAAAGAGCUCUACUCCAAUCCACAGAGCCCAGAGAAGAGCCUGAAGUUUGAUGGCAUGUGGAUUGAUAUGAAUGAACCUUCGAGUUUCGUGAACGGGGCAGUUCCAUCUGGCUGCAGGGACACGACUCUGAACCAUCCUCCCUACAUUCCACAUUUGGCAGGCAGGGACAGAGGCCUGAGCAGCAAGACCCUGUGCAUGGAGAGCGAGCAGAUCCUUCCAGAUGGCUCCCGGGUGCGGCACUACGAUGUCCACAGCCUGUAUGGCUGGUCCCAGACCAGACCCACCUACGAGGCCGUGCAGGAGGCCACAGGGCAGCGAGGCAUCGUCAUCACCCGCUCCACAUUCCCUUCUUCUGGGCGCUGGGCAGGACACUGGCUGGGAGACAACACAGCCGCCUGGGACCAGCUGAGGAAGUCCAUCAUUGGCAUGAUGGAGUUCAGCCUCUUUGGCAUAUCCUAUACAGGGGCAGAUAUCUGUGGGUUCUUCCAAGAUGCGGAAUAUGAGAUGUGUGCUCGCUGGAUGCAGCUGGGGGCCUUUUACCCUUUCUCCAGGAACCACAACACCAUCGGGACCCGGAGGCAAGACCCUGUGUCCUGGGAUGCAGACUUUGUGAACCUUUCCAGAAGUGUCCUAGAGACCAGAUAUACCUUGUUGCCGUAUCUCUACACCUUGAUGCACAAGGCCAGCACGGAGGGCGUGACUGUGGUGCGGCCUCUCCUCCAUGAGUUUGUGUCUGACCGGGAGACCUGGGAGAUUGACAAUCAGUUCCUGCUGGGCGCCGCCUUCCUGGUCAGCCCUGUCCUGGAGCCUAAUGCCAGAAAUGUGACAGCAUAUUUCCCUAGAGCCCUCUGGUAUGACUUCUACACGGGGGCACAAAUCAAUGCAAGCAGUGAGUGGAAGGUCCUGCCAGCUCCUCUGGACCACAUCAAUCUUCAUGUCCGAGGGGGCCACAUCCUGCCCUGGCAGGAGCCUGCACUGAACACACACCUCAGCCGCCAGAACCCUCUUGGUCUUAUCAUUGCCUUGGAUGAGAACAAUGAAGCCAGAGGCGAACUUUUCUGGGAUGAUGGGCAGUCAAAGGAUACCGUGGCCAGUGAUGUUUAUGUCUUAUAUGAGUUUACGGCCAGCCAGACACACCUGGAUGUGACUGUUUCCAAGUCAACCUACAAAGACCCCAAUAACUUAGCAUUCCAGGAGAUUAAAAUCUUUGGCACUCAGGCACUGCGCAACGUUACAGUGAAACAGAAUGGAGUCCUAACUCCAAUGUCUCCUCGAGCCACUUAUGAUCCUAACCUAAGGGUGGCUGUGAUCACAGGAAUCCAUCUGGUCCUGGGAGAAGCAUACACGGUGCAGUGGGACAUUGGCCUGAGGGACCAGGAGAAAAUAGACUGUUAUCCCGAUGAGCAUGGAGCUUCUGAGGCCAACUGUACAGCCCGAGGCUGCGUGUGGGAGGCAUCCAUUACCCCUGGGGUCCCAUUCUGCUACUUUGUGAAUGAUCUGUAUUCAGUCAGCAAUGUGCAGUAUACCUCACACGGGGCCACAGCUGACAUCUCCUUGAAGUCUUCUCGUAAUAUCAAUGCCUUCCCCUCCACACCUGUGACCCCUCUGCGCCUGCUCGUGACCUUCCACAAGAAUGAGAUGCUGCAGUUCAAGAUUUAUGAUCCCAACCACAUGCGGUAUGAAGUCCCAAUCCCUCUGAACAUCCCCAGCGCUCCCAGCAGCUCUCCUGAGGCCCGACUCUAUGAUGUCAGCAUUAAGGAGAACCCAUUUGGGAUUGAAAUUCGCCGGAAGAGCACAGGCACUGUCAUCUGGGACUCUCAGGUCCUGGGCUUCACCUUCAAUGACAUGUUCAUCCGCAUCUCCACCCGCCUUCCCUCCGACUACAUCUAUGGCUUCGGGGAAACCGAGCACACGGCCUUCAGGAGAGACUUGAACUGGCACACAUGGGGCAUGUUUUCCAGAGACGAACCCCCAGGGUUCAAGAAGAAUUCUUAUGGUGUGCACCCCUACUACAUGGGCCUAGAGGAGGAUGGCAGCGCCCACGGAGUCCUCCUGCUCAACAGCAAUGCCAUGGAUGUGACCUUCCUGCCGAUGCCGGCCCUGACGUACCGCACCACAGGGGGAGUUCUGGACUUUUAUGUGUUCUUGGGGCCCACUCCAGAGCUUGUCACUCAGCAGUACACUGAGGUGAUUGGCCGGCCUGUGAUGGUGCCUUACUGGUCCCUGGGGUUCCAGCUGUGUCGCUAUGGCUAUGAGAACGAUGCUGAGAUCUCCAGCUUGUAUGAUGAGAUGGUGGCUGCCCAGAUCCCCUACGAUGUGCAGUAUUCAGACAUCGACUACAUGGAGCGGCAGCUGGACUUCACCCUCAGCUCCAAGUUCACUGGGCUUCCCGCCCUGAUCAAUCGCAUGAAGGCGGAUGGCAUGCGGGUCAUCCUCAUUCUGGACCCAGCCAUUUCUGGCAAUGAGACAGAGCCGUAUCCGGCCUUCACUCGUGGUGUGCAGGAUGAUGUCUUCAUCAAGUUUCCCAAUGAUGGAGAAAUUGUCUGGGGCAAGGUCUGGCCAGAUUUCCCGAAUAUUGUGGUGAACAAUUCUCUGGACUGGGACAGCCAAGUGGAGCAAUACAGAGCUUAUGUGGCCUUCCCAGACUUUUUCCGGAACUCGACUGCCCUGUGGUGGAAGAGGGAAAUGAAAGAGCUCCACUCCAAUCCACAGAGCCCAGAGAAGAGCUUGAAGUUUGAUGGCAUGUGGAUUGAUAUGAAUGAACCUUCGAGCUUUGUGAAUGGGGCAGUUCCAUCUGGCUGCAGGGAUACGACUCUGAACCGUCCACCCUACAUGCCACAUUUGGCAGGCAGGGACCGAGGCCUGAGCAGCAAGACCCUGUGCAUGGAGAGUGAGCAGAUCCUUCCAGACGGCUCCCGAGUGCGGCACUACGAUGUCCACAGCCUGUAUGGCUGGUCCCAGACCAGACCCACCUAUGAGGCCGUGCAGGAGGCCACAGGGCAGCGAGGCAUCGUCAUCACCCGCUCCACAUUCCCUUCUUCUGGGCGCUGGGCAGGACACUGGCUAGGAGACAACACAGCUGCCUGGGACCAGCUGAGGAAGUCCAUCAUUGGCAUGAUGGAGUUCAGCCUCUUUGGCAUAUCCUAUACAGGGGCAGAUAUCUGUGGGUUCUUCCAAGAUGCAGAGUAUGAGAUGUGUGCUCGCUGGAUGCAGCUGGGGGCCUUUUACCCUUUCUCCAGGAACCACAACACCAUCGGGACCCGGAGGCAAGACCCUGUGUCCUGGGAUGCAGACUUUGUGAACCUUUCCAGAAGUGUCCUAGAGACCAGAUAUACCUUGUUGCCGUAUCUGUACACCUUGAUGCACAAGGCUAGCACGGAGGGCGUGACUGUGGUGCGACCUCUCCUCCACGAGUUUGUGUCUGACCAGGAGACCUGGGAGAUUGACAAUCAGUUCCUGCUGGGGGCUGCCUUCCUGGUCAGCCCUGUCCUGGAGCCUAAUGCCAGAAAUGUGACAGCAUAUUUCCCUAGAGCCCUCUGGUAUGACUUCUACAUGGGGGCGCAAAUCAAUGCAAGCAGUGAGUGGAAGGUCCUGCCAGCUCCUCUGGACCACAUCAAUCUUCAUGUCCGAGGGGGCCACAUCCUGCCCUGGCAGGAGCCUGCGCUGAACACACACCUCAGCCGCCAGAACCCUCUUGGUCUUAUCAUUGCCUUGGAUGAGAACAAUGAAGCCAGAGGCGAACUUUUCUGGGAUGAUGGGCAGUCGAAGGAUACCGUGGCCAAUGAUGCUUAUGUCUUACAUGAGUUUUCGGCCAGCCAGACACACCUGGAUGUGACUGUUUCCAAAUCAACCUACAAAGACCCCAAUAACUUAGCAUUCCAGGAGAUUAAAAUCUUUGGCACUCAGGCACUGAACAACGUUACAGUGAAACAGAAUGGAGUCCUAACUCCAAUGUCUCCUCGAGCCACUUAUGAUCCUAACCUGAGGGUGGCUGUGAUCACAGGAAUCCAUCUGGUCCUGGGAGAAGCAUACACGGUGCAGUGGGACAUUGGCCUGAGGGACCAGGAGAAAAUAGACUGUUAUCCCGAUGAGCAUGGAGCUUCUGAGGCCAACUGCCUGGCCCGAGGCUGCGUGUGGGAGGCAUCCAUUACCCCUGGGGUCCCAUUCUGCUACUUUGUGAAUGAUCUGUAUUCAGUCAGCAAUGUGCAGUAUACCUCACACGGGGCCACAGCUGACAUCUCCUUGAAGUCUUCUCGUAAUAUCAAUGCCUUCCCCUCCACACCUGUGACCCCUCUGCGCCUGCUCGUGACCUUCCACAAGAAUGAGAUGCUGCAGUUCAAGAUUUAUGAUCCCAACCACAUGCGGUAUGAAGUCCCAAUCCCUCUGAACAUCCCCAGCGCUCCCAGCAGCUCUACUGAGGCCCGACUCUAUGAUGUCAGCAUUAAGGAGAACCCAUUUGGGAUUGAAAUUCGCCGGAAGAGCACAGGCACUGUCAUCUGGGACUCUCAGGUCCUGGGCUUCACCUUCAAUGACAUGUUCAUCCGCAUCUCCACCCGCCUUCCCUCCGACUACAUCUAUGGCUUUGGGGAAACCGAGCACACGGCCUUCAGGAGAGACUUGAACUGGCACACGUGGGGCAUGUUUUCCAGAGACGAACCCCCGGGGUUCAAGAAGAAUUCUUAUGGUGUGCACCCCUACUACAUGGGCCUAGAGGAGGAUGGCAGUGCCCACGGAGUCCUCCUGCUCAACAGCAAUGCCAUGGAUGUGACCUUCCUUCCGAUGCCGGCCCUGACGUACCGCACCACAGGGGGAGUUCUGGACUUUUAUGUGUUCUUGGGGCCCACUCCAGAGCUUGUCACUCAGCAGUACACUGAGGUGAUUGGCCGGCCUGUGAUGGUGCCUUACUGGUCCCUGGGGUUCCAGCUGUGUCGCUAUGGCUAUGAGAACGAUGCUGAGAUCUCCAGCUUGUAUGAUGAGAUGGUGGCUGCCCAGAUUCCCUACGAUGUGCAGUACUCAGACAUCGACUACAUGGAGCGGCAGCUGGACUUCACCCUCAGCUCCAAGUUCACUGGGCUUCCAGCCCUGAUCAAUCGCAUGAAGGCGGAUGGCAUGCGGGUCAUCCUCAUUCUGGACCCAGCCAUUUCUGGCAAUGAGACAGAGCCGUAUCCGGCCUUCACUCGUGGUGUGCAGGAUGAUGUCUUCAUCAAGUUUCCCAAUGAUGGAGAAAUUGUCUGGGGCAAGGUCUGGCCAGAUUUCCCUAAUAUUGUGGUGAACAAUUCUCUGGACUGGGACAGCCAAGUGGAGCAAUACAGAGCUUAUGUGGCCUUCCCAGACUUUUUCCGGAACUCGACUGCCCUGUGGUGGAAGAGGGAAAUGAAAGAGCUCCACUCCAAUCCACAGAGCCCAGAGAAGAGCUUGAAGUUUGAUGGCAUGUGGAUUGAUAUGAAUGAACCUUCGAGCUUUGUGAAUGGGGCAGUUCCAUCUGGCUGCAGGGAUACGACUCUGAACCGUCCACCCUACAUGCCACAUUUGGCAGGCAGGGACCGAGGCCUGAGCAGCAAGACCCUGUGCAUGGAGAGCGAGCAGAUCCUUCCAGACGGCUCCCGAGUGCGGCACUACGAUGUCCACAGCCUGUAUGGCUGGUCCCAGACCAGACCCACCUAUGAGGCCGUGCAGGAGGCCACAGGGCAGCGAGGCAUCGUCAUCACCCGCUCCACAUUCCCUUCUUCUGGGCGCUGGGCAGGACACUGGCUGGGAGACAACACAGCUGCCUGGGACCAGCUGAGGAAGUCCAUCAUUGGCAUGAUGGAGUUCAGCCUCUUUGGCAUAUCCUAUACAGGGGCAGAUAUCUGUGGGUUCUUCCAAGAUGCAGAGUAUGAGAUGUGUGCUCGCUGGAUGCAGCUGGGGGCCUUUUACCCUUUCUCCAGGAACCACAACACCAUCGGGACCCGGAGGCAAGACCCUGUGUCCUGGGAUGCAGACUUUGUGAACCUUUCCAGAAGUGUCCUAGAGACCAGAUAUACCUUGUUGCCGUAUCUCUACACCUUGAUGCACAAGGCCAGCACGGAGGGCGUGACUGUGGUGCGGCCUCUCCUCCAUGAGUUUGUGUCUGACCAGGAGACCUGGGAGAUUGACAAUCAGUUCCUGCUGGGCGCCGCCUUCCUGGUCAGCCCUGUCCUGGAGCCUAAUGCCAGAAAUGUGACAGCAUAUUUCCCUAGAGCCCUCUGGUAUGACUUCUACACGGGGGCACAAAUCAAUGCAAGCAGUGAGUGGAAGGUCCUGCCAGCUCCUCUGGACCACAUCAAUCUUCAUGUCCGAGGGGGCCACAUCCUGCCCUGGCAGGAGCCUGCACUGAACACACACCUCAGCCGCCAGAACCCUCUUGGUCUUAUCAUUGCCUUGGAUGAGAACAAUGAAGCCAGAGGCGAACUUUUCUGGGAUGAUGGGCAGUCGAAGGAUACCGUGGCCAAUGAUGCUUAUGUCUUACAUGAGUUUUCGGCCAGCCAGACACACCUGGAUGUGACUGUUUCCAAAUCAACCUACAAAGACCCCAAUAACUUAGCAUUCCAGGAGAUUAAAAUCUUUGGCACUCAGGCACUGAACAACGUUACAGUGAAACAGAAUGGAGUCCUAACUCCAAUGUCUCCUCGAGCCACUUAUGAUCCUAACCUGAGGGUGGCUGUGAUCACAGGAAUCCAUCUGGUCCUGGGAGAAGCAUACACGGUGCAGUGGGACAUUGGCCUGAGGGACCAGGAGAAAAUAGACUGUUAUCCCGAUGAGCAUGGAGCUUCUGAGGCCAACUGCCUGGCCCGAGGCUGCGUGUGGGAGGCAUCCAUUACCCCUGGGGUCCCAUUCUGCUACUUUGUGAAUGAUCUGUAUUCAGUCAGCAAUGUGCAGUAUACCUCACACGGGGCCACAGCUGACAUCUCCUUGAAGUCUUCUCGUAAUAUCAAUGCCUUCCCCUCCACACCUGUGACCCCUCUGCGCCUGCUCGUGACCUUCCACAAGAAUGAGAUGCUGCAGUUCAAGAUUUAUGAUCCCAACCACAUGCGGUAUGAAGUCCCAAUCCCUCUGAACAUCCCCAGCGCUCCCAGCAGCUCUCCUGAGGCCCGACUCUAUGAUGUCAGCAUUAAGGAGAACCCAUUUGGGAUUGAAAUUCGCCGGAAGAGCACAGGCACUGUCAUCUGGGACUCUCAGGUCCUGGGCUUCACCUUCAAUGACAUGUUCAUCCGCAUCUCCACCCGCCUUCCCUCCGACUACAUCUAUGGCUUCGGGGAAACCGAGCACACGGCCUUCAGGAGAGACUUGAACUGGCACACAUGGGGCAUGUUUUCCAGAGACGAACCCCCAGGGUUCAAGAAGAAUUCUUAUGGUGUGCACCCCUACUACAUGGGCCUAGAGGAGGACGGCAGCGCCCACGGAGUCCUCCUGCUCAACAGCAAUGCCAUGGAUGUGACCUUCCUGCCGAUGCCGGCCCUGACGUACCGCACCACAGGGGGAGUUCUGGACUUUUAUGUGUUCUUGGGGCCCACUCCAGAGCUUGUCACUCAGCAGUACACCGAGGUGAUUGGCCGGCCCGUGAUGGUGCCUUACUGGUCCCUGGGGUUCCAGCUGUGUCGCUAUGGCUAUGAGAACGAUGCUGAGAUCUCCAGCUUGUAUGAUGAGAUGGUGUCUGCCCAGAUCCCCUACCUUUCAGUUGAUAACAAUGAAGGGAACUAA